GAGCGUAAAAUAUAGGAUUUUACGGCCGCGCUGGGGGACGCGGACGGUAAAUCGAAUUUCACGACGUAGUACCAACGUGUAAAAAAAAGCUUUUAUUUUGUAAUAAAAAUAGUUCACGCUGUAUUCCGGCAGAAGGCGCUAGCCUAGUUCACUUCCCAUUUGCAGCCAAGCGUUAAAAAACUAAAAAAACUCCCACCAGUUCUGAAACGUAAAAUAAAGAGAAGCGAGUGAGUGAGAGCGAGAGGAAAAGUGCAGCUGACUUGCGCGGCAGAUUCGUUCCAUUCUGGCUGCACCGAACGGAGUUUAUUUCUGAGUCUCGGUAUCGAGAAACUUAAAACAGUCCGCAAGUGAAGCCAUUUUCAGCGCAACCUCCUCUCCGUGGCAUAACCUCCUAGAGCAGAAGUGAAAUUGUGUGUGCGUGAUGAUUACCACGCAAACCGGGAGCUAACUUUUAUUUACUCGUGCGCUCUCAAAACAAUCGGAGAAACAGUCGUAGCACGGAAAACCUAUCCAACAUGAGCGAUAACGAUUCCGAGGUUGAGGAGAGCGUUUGCGUGCCGGCCGAACUUUGCGAGACAGUGGAAGUUGCUACGCUAGAUGCCUUACCGACAAAAUCGAAAAGCACUUACGAAGGUUGUUACAAAACCUUUUCAGAAUGGAAGCACUCGUCCGACAUCCAAGAAUCCACGGAAAGCGUCAUGUUGACUUAUUUUACCAAUCUAUCUCAAUCGUACAAGCCGUCGACUCUGUGGGCGCACUACUCGAUGCUCAAGACUACUAUGCGCGUCUUCGAAAACACUGACAUUGGCACUUAUCGUAAUUUAGUCGACUUUAUAAAGAAACAAGCGCAAGGCUAUCAGAGUCAAAAGUCGAAAACUUUGACGACCGAAGAUGUGAAGAGAUUUUUGACCGAAGCACCCGACGACAGGUAUCUGUUGACCAAAGUUGUUCUAAUUUGCGGAAUCGCCGGAGCUUGUCGCAAGGACGAACUUACGAAUAUGAAAAUUCAGCACAUCGAAUCUCACGGCAAUUUGUUCCUCGUUAAAAUUCCGGGAAGUGACACUUCCAAGGCACGAUCUUUCACCGUCACCGACGAAUUUUACAAAAUUGUAAAAAGAUAUCUGGACUUACGUCCGUCGUCUGUUCCGUCGGAUAGAUUUUUCUUGGCUUACAAAAACGGAAAAUGUUCGCAACAGCCUGUUGGAAAAAACAAGCUUGGCUCUAUGGCCAAGGAAGUUGCGACGUAUUUAAACUUGCCAGAUGCUAAUCAGUAUACUGGGCACUGUUUCCGCCGUACUUCCGCAUCGGUACUCAUCGAUUCGGGAGCCAAUAUGACAGCUGUAACGUGCAAGCGAAAACGCUGUCCUGAGGCAAAACCUACCUUUACUCAGGUUUACAUAAAAGAAGAAAUCAACGACGCGGAUACUGAUUAUAUUCAAGAAUAUAUCAAGAAGGAAUUGCAAAAUGAAAGCGAGCAGGAUCCUUUUGAAGAGCCUGAAGAUAAAAAGCAGAAGUUAGAAGACGCAGAAAACGGUUUGAAAGGCAGUGGCCUAUUCGGUUCAGUGACAGCCAAGGACUUGGCUGGUGCUUCCCCUGCUGGAGUUGGAGCACCAGCAGGAGCCGCAGUCGCCGCACCCGGUGGCAAGGAUAUUCCCAUUUCCAACGUUCGUGGAGUCAUUGCCAAACGUCUGCUGGAGAGCAAACAGACGAUACCCCAUUACUACCUGACCAUCGAGGUGAAAAUGGACGAGGCUCUAUCGAUGAGGCAACAGUUCAACAAAUUGCUUGAGAAAGAGAAGAUCAAGCUUAGCGUCAAUGACCUUAUCAUCAAGGGUAUGGCUAUGGCGUGCAAAAAAGUGCCGGAGGGCAACAGCGCUUGGCUCGGAGACAAAAUUCGACAGUAUGAUCACGUAGAUGUUAGCGUAGCUGUCAGUACAGACAAUGGGCUCAUAACGCCUAUCGUCUUUGGAGCCGACGUAAAAGGCAUAGUUCAAAUUAGCAACGAUGUAAAAGCAUUGGCCGCUAAAGCCAGGGAAGGAAAGCUUCAGCCGCACGAAUUUCAAGGUGGCACCAUCACCGUUUCGAAUCUUGGCAUGUUCGGCAUUAAGAGCUUCUCGGCUAUCAUCAAUCCUCCACAAUCCAUAAUUCUAGCGAUAGGAACGACAGAAACAAGAUUAGUCCCAGCGGAUAACGAGAAAGGUUUCACUACUGCCCAGUAUAUGUGUGUAACUGCCAGCUGCGACCAUCGUACAGUCGAUGGAGCAGUCGGAGCUCAAUGGCUUACUGCUUUUAAGAACUUUAUGGAGAACCCAACAACGAUGCUUCUCUAAGCAACACAUUAACAAGAAUGAAGACUUUAGUACAAUGCAGGGUAAGCGGCGAUGCAUUGAACGUCUGGUUGAAUACUUCUUCGUUCGUGAGUUAAUCACAAAAAUGAGGGCAGAGAAAUUUGAACGGUUUAGUCCGAGGAAGUAGAAACUCGUCGAUUUCAAUGAUGACAUUGAAAAAAGUGCCAUCAUCAAAUAAUUGGCGAUUUGCUUGGCACUCUGUAAAUACAAAAACGAAUUCGAGAAUAAACGUUAUAAGAGCGUACACAACUGAAACUGGUUGAGUCAUAAUUAUUAAAAAAAAAAAAUCCUAUCAGGUGAUGACAAAAAAAGGCGUGCGAGUCACCUGUUUCUAGAUGGUAAAUAUGUAUACAUAUACAAUUAUUGAAUAAAUUAUAUCGCAUUACGCCUCAAA